UGAGGGAUAUCCUGAUGGCACCUAUGCUCCUGAGGGACAUCCCAAUGCUCUCCUCGCACGGGCAAACUUACGGACUAGAGGCUUUCCACAGUGUCCUCAUCCAUUUCCUGCCAAAGUCCUAUUCAUUUUCGGACGAGGGGAUGGUCGCCAGGACACAGCUGGCUAUCCUCCACUACAAUGAAAAUGCGGACCGCGCGCAGUUGGAGAGGGAAGGUACGAAACAGUACCGCUUGAAGCCAUCCAAGCUCAAGAAAACGUGGGUACCCGUACCUCUAAAGGAAGAUGCUACGUAUGACUAUACAUCAAUCCUCACUGGCGAGGUGUUGUCUCGCAUAGAAAAACACCUAAAGGAGCCUGUUUCUGUGGAAAUUGGACCACCACGUGCAGCAACAUAUGGUGAAAGACCAGCUUUGGCACAAGCUGUGGAAAAGCACCAGGCCAGGUUCCAGAAGUGAGGGUUGUGACCACCUCACACGCUGACACUUCAGACCCCUCAGAAACCGUGACAAAGAAGAAGAAGAACAAA